AUGAAUUGGUUGACCAGUGGAGUGAAAAUGGAUCGAAAUAAAUUCCAAAUGGUAAUGAAAGAGAUGAAGGCGAUGCAAGACAGCAAGCAGAACAUGCUAAAGACGCUGGCUGAAACCGAGGAGCUGAAGGCAAGGUGUGAGGCUCGAAUAAAAGGUCUCCAGGCGGAACUCCAGAAGGAGCAGUCAGCCUUGGAGGCGGUAGAGGAAAACAAGCUCAGAAUUGAGGCAGACCUUACCAGAUGGAGGGCUCAGGAGAAAGAAAUGAAGCAACUGUUUGCUGGGGGGACCCAAACACAAGACAGGGAUCAAAGCCCAAACGAUGCAGCGCCUCUUCCUCAGAUGUCACUAUCAAAUCAGGAGUUCCGACCUCAGCCUCGGCGACCUAAUCAAAAGCAACCUCAAUCCCAGCCACCUCAACCUCAGUCACCUCAACUUCAGCGACCUCGUCGAUCUCAGCCGACGACGGUACCCAGAUUUAAAGUGACCGACGAGAGGGAUCUCUGCACCUUUUUGAAGAAAUUAAAGAUGCAAGUUGUUGUUGUGAUCCAUCUCUAUUCACACACAAUUAUGAAGAUGGGAGGAGCGGAGAAGAAGGAGAUGGACAAAUUGAUGAGGAAAUUUGUUGAGAAAAUGAGAGAUGUGAAGGUUUUGGAUGUGGAUUUGGAUAAUGACUGGGCUCUCCCCUUCUUCAAUAGGAAGAUGAAUGGGACGAUGGAGAAAGGCGAUUAUUGGAUGACAGUGAUGUCAAAAUCAAAAGAAUUUCCUGAAAUUGGUCCUGUUAAUGAUAUACUUAAGGAAUUUGGAUUGAAAAUCAUGUUUCCAACAAAGACUAGGAUAAAGUCAUGA